AAUCUGUCGUUGCAACACUGCAUUUCUGAGUUUACGUCUUACGACUGCUUUUUUUGGGUGGAUUGAACUUUAUGAAGUUUGUAGGUUAAAACUAUUAUAAAAACUCUUAUUUUGCUACUAAUAGACUUUUGUGCAUCACUUUUUAAUAUUAUUGUGAUAGCAGAUACUUAAUUCAAUCUUAUCCCUUGGCUUUGAGUUUUCAGUAACCAUAAACAAUGGAGGACGACAUAGAUAUCGAGGAGCAUGAUGUUAUGGACAAUCCUCGCAUCAAGAGCAUGUUCCCGGAUCUAAGCAUCGUCAAGAUUGAACAAAUGGAUGACGGAGACGAGGCUGUUGAUGCAGAGGUGGACGAGCCAGGGAAUGAUGAAUACUACCAAGAUGAAGGCAUAAGUUACAAUCCUCAACAGCUGAAUUAUUCAUAUGAAUACUUUGAAACUACCUCAGAGAAUGUGCCACAAGAGACAAUAUUUGAUGAGGACUAUUACGAUAGCAAUGACAUCAUAUUAGCUUUAAAGCCUCAAAUAGACCAGGAAACGCUUUACCAAGAAGCCCUGAACUCUACAACUCUCGUUUGCUUAGAGAACUGGGGGGAACGCCUAAACAACAGCCCCUGCUACUGCCAAGAGUGCCAGAUCCUCUUCCCGACAAUCAACGCAUUAGACGCACACAAAAUGACCAGGCACUCGUACCUAGUCGCCUUAGAUAUACAGAAAAACACAGCAAGGAAAAGUACGGUGACCUCGAAGUACUGCAAUCAUUGUUUCAAGACGUUUCCUGAUGAUACCUCUCUUAUUAAACACUUGUAUGAGCUUCUACCUAUGAGUAAUUUUCCAAAAAAGACUCCUGAAAGUCAAAAAAGUCAAAAAGUUCCCGAGUUUAAGUGUGAGACGUGUUAUAUGACUUUUUCGGAUCAUUCCGCUUGUAAAUGGCAUAGGAAAACCGCUCAUCCUGAAUUGAGUACUGUUAAUAAUCUUGCAGUCAAGUUGCAAAAGUCAAAAGUUAAAUUAAAGGCAAAGGCUAUCAAGUUAGAGCCGAAAACAGUCAAGUUAGAGCCGAAAGCAGUCAAAUUAGAGCCUAAAGCAAUCAAGUUUGAGCCAAAAGCAGUCAAAGUUGAGAAGAAGGAGAAAAAGUCACAACAAGGACGGAAAAUGUUUGGCCAUCCGUCUCUUGUACCAAAACACACUUUAUUCCAAUGUAAUAUUUGUCAUAUUAAUUUUACAUCCUGCUUUGGUGCCUUUAAACAUUCAAGGAUAUGUAAAAAAGAAAUUUCAUACAAGAAAUGUACGAUUUGCGAUAGAAAAAUCAAAAAUAAAGAUGUCGAUUUACAUAAAUUACAACACAGAUACUCAGACAAAAUAAAAAUCUAUACAGUCUAUAAGAAUAUAUACGAAAAGGUUUUGUACAAGUGCCCGAAAUGCUUGGCUUGUUUUGAUGAGUUGCUCUUUUGGGCUCAUUACAAGGACUGCGACAACGCUGGCUCUAGUUACUGUCCCGAUUGCGAUCUAAACAUAGCUAGCGCGAGAUACCAAGGUCAUAGACAAAAGCAUAAAUCAAAGAAAUACACCAAAAAGGAUUUUAUCAUCGUUGAAUUCCACGUCAAAGUAAAACGAGAGAAACGAAAACACGAUUCACAAGAAGUCAUCUUAUAUUAUUGCGAUUAUUGUGGCAUCUGCCAGUAUUCACUGGCUCUAAAAGGGCAUACAGACGGAACUUGCAACAAAAAUAUAUAUAAAUACCAUUGUGAACGAUGUGGUUUGUGUGUCAGCUACAAAAGUAAGAAACACCAUCAGUUAUUGCAUCAACGGACACCGUUCUCUAGAGACAACUUGAUAAUUUACAGUCUUCAGAAUGGCAAAGAGGUGUCACCGCCUUGCCCAAAGAUGUAUCCGUGCAAGAAAUGCAAAAAGAACUUCCUUACUCUAUAUUUAUCAAAGAGCCAUGACUGCAAAGAGAAAUCUAUAACAUGUAAAAUAUGUAAUAUAAAGUUUAACAUCCAGGCUUAUAAGAUACACAGGCAUUAUCACGUGAAAACCAAAGAAGAGACUGAUAUUAUGAUUCCAGAGUUAUUAAAGAAAUAUAAUUCGAUUAAACAAAUUUGGAACAUUCUUUACAAGUGUGUGUCCUGUGAUACUAUCAUUGUUAGCUACGAUUCUGCUGUCACACACUCUCAAAAUCAUUUGAAUGAUUAUCAUUCUUCGGUCAAAAAAUGUGAUGUAUGUGAUUUUAAUGUUAUCGAAACCGAUUAUAAUGAUCAUGAAAAUCUUCAUAACAAUAACCAAGCGAUACAGAGGAGUGAUUUCAAAAUUUUAGAGUUUGAUUUCAAGGAUCUGUUGAAAGAUAGAUGGAUGGUUUUAUUUCAACCGUUGCCGAAGGAACUUGUGGAUCAGAUUUUGUCGAAGAGCAUUUAUAAAUACACGCGAUCACUGAAGCUAAACCUACAUACGGGUCCAACGAACGAAAUAAAAUACAUUUGUAUUAACUGCAAGAGACACGUAGAAAGCAAUUCACUCGAGACACACGUCUUAACCGACUGCAGACCAAACAACAAGUACACUUGCACAUCAUGCCAAGAAAUAUUCAAAAACUUACAGCAAUAUUUAAAACAUGAAGGAACUCAUGAGAAACUAUUGAAAACAGGUAUCGUAACAUUUAAUGACCCUGCAGAUAAAACCUUCAAUGAUAAUUUAAUUGUAAAAGAUAGUUUGAAAACUAAUUUAGUUAAUAAAGUUAAGUCUAACAGUAAUUUGAAUGUAAAAGAUCACUUAAUAAGCAAAGAUAAAAGGUACACUAUAUUUAGGUGCGCAAAAUGUGAUAUCUGUGUGUUUAUGAGGCAUAGCGUUGAAAGGCAUAGGUGUGGAGGAAAGAAAUUGUGUAAAAUUUGUAACCAAUACUAUUCAAAUAAAAUAUAUCCACACCAUUUGGCAUUACAUACUAGAAAACCGUACAUUAAUAAGAAAACCUUAAGAGUUGUAUUGUUUAGAAUAGUCAACGGAAAAGCAAUUAUGGAUGAAACUCUAGACGAAAAAGAUAAAUGUUUUGGCAAAGGAAGAGUUAAAUCAAUUGAGUUUGGAAAGAAUAACCCUGUUGGCAGUAAAUUAAAAUACAAUUCUGUUGAUUUAGGGAAAGAUUCGUCUUUUAUUAAAGAUAAAAAUAAAUCUUUUAACGUUUCAAAAGAUACCUCACUUGAGUUAGCAAAAGAUAAACCUAGUAAAGUCAAAAAUAAAUCUGUUAUUAAAGAAAAAGAGAAAUCUUCACCUUUUAAUGAUGAUAACGAAAGCUAUUGGGUUAUUUCUUUGAAAGAUCAGACACAAGCAAGCACAGCUAAGAUCUUCAGAUGCGUUUGCAACCUACACUUUACCAGCCUAACCCUUAUAAAAGAACACCUUUAUAUUUGCGAAAAUAAUCCCGAUAUUUCGAAAGAAAAAUGCAGUAAAUGUAAUUUAUACUUCCCCACCGAAAUCUUAGUCACCCAUCUAUGCAAGCAUCACAGCAAAGACAUACGAAUUGAUGUUGAAAAUGUUAAAAAGAACAUCUUCUUUGAGUGCAGUAAAUGCACCUUAAUUUUCACGAACACAGACUUAUUUGAUAAUCACUUGGAGAAUUGCAAUGUUGGUAGUUUUAGAAAUUGUAAUACAUGUCAGUUAAAAUUUCACAGAAACAGCUAUGAAAAUCAUUCUUGUUCAGCUAAAGAGGUCGAUGUUACAUACUUGAAUAAAAUUAUCGUUUUGAAGAAUGAUUAUAUGUUUUCGACUGUCUUUCAAUGCGUUGACUGCAGUAUAAAUUAUUUGAAUAGGAAGUCUUUUAAGUAUCACAUUGUUGACGUCAAUCACGAAUCGAAAUGUCAGCUGACAAUUUGUGAAUUUUGCGGUUUACAAUUUACAUCGUACUCUUCGCACCAUCAUUAUGAAAUUCAUUCGAAAUUAGGUAAAUAUAAAAUUAAAAUUGUUGACCCUGUUAAUGGGAAUCAUAGUUAUAUAGAGGGUGUUAACGUUAAGACAUUAACUGACUCGGCGAAAAGAAGGUCUAGUUCUAAAAAGGUUGAGUCACCUGUCAAGAAAAUUAAAAUUGAGGAUACGUCUGUUAAUCAUGGUCAUAAUACUAGACAUUCAGAAAAAAUAAAUAAUUCUAACACCGAUUUGGAUGUGUCGAAAUCAGAUUUAAACGAUACAUCGAUCAAAUCAGAUUUAUCGAUAAACGAUUCGAUUAACGAAAGCUCGGAAAUCGAUAAAAAAGAACCGUUGUCUAAGAAAUUGAAAGCUCGAAUACUACUCGAUAAAUACGAUAAUAAUUUGUAUCGAUGCAUGCAUUGCGAUCAGCACUAUUUGAAAUAUGCAUCACUAGAGUAUCACCUGACCACGUUUGACCAUAGAGUUAAGCCAGAACUUUUUAAGUGCGAUGACUGUGGUCUAGAUUUUUCGAGAUACACCCUGCCUAGGCACAAAUAUGUUCAUCAUUAUCAUAUGAAGCUGAAAAGAGAAGAUAUUGUCGUUAUUUCGGAUCUACCGAAAGAUCUUAAUGUAAAAGAAAAGAAUUUUGAAGAAAACAUUAAAAAAGAUGAUACAGUUAUUUCAAAAGAUAGUACCGAAAAAAAAGCCAGUCAAAAGUUAAAAAAGGUAAACGAAAAAUCAACAAAAAAUAUUGAAAAUACAGAAAUAACUUAUUAUAAAUGCACAGAUUGCAACGUAUGCUUCUUAACGAAGAAACUAUGUUACAAACAUACGAAAAAACACGAAAUUCUCGAUCUAAAAAUGUAUAUACAAUGCAAAAUAUGCGAAUUUCAAUUUCUAAUCGAUUCUUUGAAAAAUCAUAUGGAAAGUCAUCAUAAAAUAGAUUUUAGAAUCGAGAAUUUGAAAGUGGUUGAGUAUAAACCGUUAGGGGAAGAUUUGGAACCCAAAAUUGAUACUUAUAUGGCAGUAGAUAAAGUCCAAAGUCGAUUGGUAAGUAGUACAGAUGGUGUAGUGUGAAAAAUUUAAGGUUUUUUCAACUUUAUUUUAAGUUUUCUAUUCCAAUGCAAUCCCUACUAAUAUUAUA